CAGAAUACGAUCGCGCGACCCUGUCCGUGAGCAAUCUCCCAAGUCAUCUCUAUUACUAACUCAUUUCUGACAUCACUUCUGUAUUUUCUAAAAAAGAUUGCGUAUUUUAUCGCAUAAAUAAUUAAGAUGCUAUCCAUGGAACGUAUCCCAGACCAAGUUGGCUACCUAGUUUUAACAGAAGAUGGUGCAGUGUUAGCGUCUGGAGGAGAGCUGGAAAAUGAUGAGCGAAUUGCUGAUAUAAUAGCUGGUCUAGUAACAUCGAUUGAUAAAAUUGACCCUGAGGCUUUUCCAUCAGACGAAGGCUUUGAUAAAAUCUCUAUCACCUAUCCUGAUCACUGCUACGUCAUUUGUCUCUCGAAUAAAAGGAUUCACGUUGUCAAAAAGAAGAUGAUAGCACAGUCGGUACACCCAAAUGAAGAACAGCCUCUCGUAGAAAUAUAAUUUAAUCAUUUGACUCACCAAAGUUUAAUUUGAUGAUCAUUGGCUUAUAUCUAUCAUUUCCAUGAAUGUUACAUGGUAGUAACAAAGUGUUACUUGAGAAACAAUAUUUUAUGAGAAUCAAUUUCAUAACUGUGACAUGGUUAACUUUGAGAAUAGAAAACGUUACACAAAGUUGACAUAACUUAAAGAGGUACUUCAAAAUGGAGGAAAGCUAUGAAACUUGAUAAAACGUUAAUAAAUAAUGUAUACUUAUUA